CGUCAGCCGCUGACGCCGCGUCCCUUUGUUGGCUCAGCAGCGGCGACGUUUUGUUGUUAUUUUCGCCGCAGCUGAAAAACAGUCGCGGAUAAUUUGGGCUGGUUUUUUUUUUCCUCCUCCGUGUCGUUUCAACAUUCAACAUCUCACACUUUUACCACAUCUAGUACGACUCGAGCUUGGUAGCCAAAAAAACAACCCUUUCUUUAGGAAUGGACUCAGACGAGGGUUAUAACUACGAGUACGAUGACGAGGAUGAAUGCAGCGAGGACAGCAACGAAGAGGAGCCCGACGACGACACCCUGGAGCUGGGGGACGUGGAGCUGGUCGACCCCGUGGUGGCCGGCGGGGAGCGGGACGAGGGCGGCGAGACCGGGGUGGGGGGCCACGGCCCCGGCGAGGAGGAGGAGGAGGACUACCGCUUCGAGGUGCUGACCGCCGAGCAGAUCCUCCAGCAUAUGGUGGAGUGCAUCAGGGAGGUCAACGAGGUCAUCCAGAAUCCUGCAACAAUAACACGCAUUCUUCUCAGUCACUUCAACUGGGACAAAGAAAAGCUUAUGGAAAGAUAUUUUGAUGGUAAUCUGGACAAGCUUUUUUCUGAGUGUCAUGUCAUCAACCCAAGCAAGAAGCCACGGAUCCGUCCUCCAAUCAACACUAGAUCCUCAGCACAGGACAUGCCAUGCCAGAUCUGCUAUCUGAAUUUCCCCAACUCAUACUUUACAGGCCUGGAGUGUGGACACAAAUUCUGCAUGCAGUGCUGGGGAGAUUAUUUGACUACUAAAAUCAUAGAGGAAGGAAUGGGACAGACCAUUUCUUGUCCUGCUCAUAGUUGUGACAUUUUGGUUGAUGACAACACAGUCAUGCGCCUCAUAACAGAUUCUAAAGUGAAGUUGAAGUACCAGCAUUUAAUUACAAAUAGUUUUGUAGAGUGCAACCGACUAUUAAAAUGGUGCCCUGCUCCAGACUGCCAUCAUGUCGUCAAAGUGCAGUACCCAGACGCCAAGCCAGUGAGGUGCAAGUGUGGCCGUCAAUUCUGCUUCAACUGUGGAGAGAAUUGGCACGACCCUGUGAAGUGUAAGUGGCUGAGAAAAUGGAUCAAGAAAUGUGAUGAUGAUAGUGAAACAUCAAACUGGAUUGCAGCAAAUACCAAGGAGUGUCCUAAAUGUCACGUGACCAUUGAGAAAGAUGGUGGUUGCAAUCACAUGGUUUGUCGGAACCAGAACUGCAAAGCUGAGUUCUGCUGGGUUUGUCUGGGACCAUGGGAACCUCAUGGCUCAGCCUGGUACAACUGCAAUCGCUACAAUGAGGAUGAUGCCAAGGCAGCCAGAGAUGCUCAAGAGCGCUCCAGGGCCGCCUUGCAGAGGUACCUGUUCUACUGCAACCGCUACAUGAACCACAUGCAGAGUCUGCGCUUUGAGCACAAGCUCUAUGCUCAGGUGAAGCAGAAGAUGGAAGAGAUGCAGCAGCACAACAUGUCCUGGAUUGAGGUGCAGUUUCUGAAGAAGGCUGUGGAUGUGCUGUGCCAGUGCCGCUCCACGCUCAUGUUUACUUACGUCUUUGCCUUCUACCUCAAGAAGAACAACCAGUCCAUUAUCUUUGAGAACAACCAGGCAGACCUAGAAAAUGCCACUGAGGUCCUGUCCGGCUACCUAGAGCGAGACAUCUCCCAGGAUUCCUUGCAGGACAUCAAGCAGAAAGUGCAAGAUAAGUACAGAUACUGUGAGAGCAGGCGAAGAGUGCUGCUACAGCAUGUGCAUGAAGGCUAUGAGAAGGACCUGUGGGAAUACAUUGAGGAUUGAGGCCACGUCCCAGUACAACGGACUAUUGAGUAUCAUGACAAACUAGAGCGCUGAUGCAAUUAAACAGGGCAGCACGGGCCUUCUGCCGCCUAUCCUUUGGCAAACCAACCACUUUGGCAUCAUUUUUUUUCCUGAAUUUGUUUUACAAAAAUCUUCAAAAUAAAUUAUAUUUAAAAUGUAGAGUAAUAAAAAGAAAAUGUACUACAGUAUUGUUAGAAACAGAGUGGAGUCCUGAGAAAGCAGAAAAAUUCAUCUUAAAAGAAUGCAUCCUUUGGCCUGUAUUGUUAUCAAUCCCUAAACUAUCCUUUCUCUUUUUUUUUUUUUAUCUUUCGGGGAGGGUGGAUUUUAAUUUUUUGGGUUUUUUUUUUUAAUAAUUUUUUUCUGACUUGAUUUUUGAACUAAGUUUCCCAUUUGUGUGAAAAUGUUUUCAACAAAGCUUUAAUUGUCCUGGCCAUGUCUGCAGUAUGUGGUGAGGUCCCACCCUGGAUGGCUGAAUAUUGAUGUGCUGAUUGCAAAGGGGCAAAGACAUUUCAUAGGGAAAAGAAGGAAAAAUAUAUAGAACAAAAUGGCAAGUCUGCAUUUUUCAAUUUGUAAAUAGUCCAUAUGCAUGGAAGUUAACGAGCAAGAGUGGCACGUGUUUGCAUAAUUUUGAAGUAUUUAUUCUUUACAAAUAUUGGAAAAGGUCUACUUUUGCCAUGUAGGUUGAGUCUGAUUAGUCCUUCCAUAAACUGAGUUUGGUAUAUUUGGCAAUAAGACAUUUGUCCUAUCAUCUUCAGUUUCUUUAAGAUCAGUGCACAAGUUACGCCUUAUCAGUAACUUUCAGUGGGGGACUCAAACUCGUCAAGUGAUCAGAUGGAAGACUUGGUGAAAGUACACAGUUGGGGUAGGAGACUUUUACACGUCAAAGUGAAGUAAAAUGCACCGGCUCACGUCCCUCUAUGCUAAUCUUUUACCAUACCCUCUUUGUUGUUUUUAGAGGUGUUUAACAUUUAACAUUACUAAUUAUUUGCAGGAGCCAAACUGAGUGACAUUCACUCUUCUUUUUUUUUUGUUUCCUUUUUUUUUUCUUUUCUCUCUUUCCUGGCAUGACUUGAGGAAGCCCUCUCAAGGCUCAGCUUGCACCUUUGGGAUUGAAUGAGAAUAGUAGAAUGUACUGACAGCACAGCUUUGUAGUGCUGCUAGUUGGGAUCGAUCAUCGUCACGCAGGGUCAUGCAUUUGUAGCACUCUUGCAGGGAACAUCUGGAUAGCAUAAGGCUGAGAGAGGCUGCGGCUCUUUGAAGAGAUCUCUUGCCCUGGAGUGAGACUGCACAGCUCGACUUGUGAUCCUAAAGCAGAUUGGUAGUACAGGGCAAACUUCUUAAAGCUGAAGGGAUUUUUUUGUAAAGUUGUUAUGCUUUUGCAUAAAUGUUAUGCAAAAAGAAAAAAGAAAAAAAAAAAUAUUUUUCAUACAUGGGUUGAGGUUCAAAAAUGUUAUUGCCCGAGCAGGUUUUGCAUCGUUUUGUGUGGUGGUCGCUCUAGUUGUCAAGCUCUCUGCUUGUAAAUGCUUGUUCAUGUCUCUACAAUGUGGCAGUCUUUUCAAAAUGGACUGGAGGGACAUGAUUAUUACAGGCACCGGAGCAAGUCAAAAGAUGACUCCAAAGUGUCAUUCAUUAAAACUCAUCCAUUGCCCUAGUUUCAGAUCUUUGGGGAAUUCUCCCAAAUGCUUAUGUGUUCCAACUUAUUAUUUUAUCCUAGCAAAUUAUAUAAACUGUAUUGUUUAUUUGAAUAAAUGUCAUGAGAAAUCUCAUUUUUGGGAGUAUUGUGUGAGUCAUUAGAGUAGGUUUGGUCUCAAGCGCAUUAAUUAGCCAAAUAUCCAUGGUGCAUCCUUGCGCUGUGUGAGCUAUGCGACAUAGUACACUACAGGCGUUGACAGGACUGUCUUCCAGAAGUGUGAAUUUAAUCCAGAAACCUAAUUUUGAUUUGAGAAGAAAAAGUUAGCUUUCUUGCACCAAGUUUACUUCCAGAUUGUACAAUAAAGAUCAGUUUUUUUUUUUCUU